AUGGCUAGCCCACAGGUUCUCGUGUUCGAUGCUGAGGGCCGCCCUGUGAAGUUUGACACCUGGCUCGAUGACCUGCACCUCUACCUACAGCUCACAGCCAAGGAUGACAUCUCACUGUACGAUCACGCCCUAGGCCAUGUCACUGCCCCUGCUGCUACUGCUGACAGCACUGCUCGCUCACAGUGGCAGACUCGUGAUGCCCACGCUCGCUUUGCCAUUCGCAACUCCCUGCCGAUAGACGAACGCGAGCACUUUGGUCAGCACAAGACUGCACAGGCACUGUACACAGCUGUAGUUGCUCGCUACUCCUCACCUGCCUCUGCCGCACUAGGCCGUCUCUCCCUCCCCUACCUGUUUCCCGACCUGGCCUCCUUUCACACAGUCGCUGACCUCAUCACGCACCUCCGUACUAGUGAGGCCCGCUUCCGUGCCGCCAUGCCUGCUGAGUUCCUUGCCACGCACCCCCCUCCACUCUGGCUCACUCUCUACCACCUAGUCACCCGCCUCCCUGACACACUGCGUGCUGUCAAGGACCACUUCCUAGCUCAUUGCCCCACUGAGCUCACCAUUGCCCUCCUCGAGAAGGAGCUACUUGCAGCUGAGACUAGCAUAGUCGCUGUAGGUGCCUCUCGUGGCGACCCCCGUACCCCGUUCUUUGAGGGGUGUUCUCCUUCCCCCCUUCUUCCCUUUGUCGCCUCUGCUGCUGCUGUCGACCUUCUUGGUACUGAGAAGGUCGGCGCUGCGUCUACCUCGAGCGGACGCCGCAGCGGCAAGGGCAAAGGGGGCAAGGGUGGUGGCGGUGACGGCGGGGGAGGCGGCGGUGGGGGCGGUGGAGGCAGUGGGGGUGGUGGCUCGGCUGGAGGGGCGAGUGGUAGCGGUGGGGGUGGUGGCGGCAGUGGCGGGGGAGGUGGCAGGAGUGGAGGCGGCGGUUGGGGUGGCGGUGGACGAGGCGGCGGCAGGGGUUGGGGUGGUCGAGGAGGUGGCAGCGGUGGUGGUGGCCGUGGAGGCACUGGCGGUGGCCAGGGCCAGCAGCACACUCCCUCGCCCCAGGAGGUCCGUGAGUGGUACUCUCAGCACGGGGGUGGGGGUGGUCUUAGCUGCACGUACGUCAUUCGCACUGGUGACCGCACUGGUCAGCAGUGUGGACGACCGCACGCCACACAGCGCUGCUUCUCUCGUCUCGACGACGCUUGGCGUGUUCAGUUCCCUCAGGCCACUGAGCUGCCCCGCUGGCUUGAUCUCCUAAAGAAGGGGAUUGAUAUCUAUGCUCUAGACUUUGAUGCUAUUCUAUUUGCCAUGUAUGUGAUGUCUACUAGUGGAGAGGGUGCUGAGUACUUGUAUGUGCCGCCCGACCCGGGCAUUAGGGCCAGUGCGUCUGCCGCUCCAGGUACUCGCGUGUCUGCUACCCCAGGUGCUGGUGAGGCCGCUGCUCUAGGUGCUCGUGUGUCUCCCCCCCUUGGUACUGCGUCGACUGCUGCACUGCACACCUUCACACUGGACUCAGGUGCUUCUCGCUGCUUCUUUCGUGACCGCACUGCCCUUGAGCCGCUUGCUCGGCCAGUUGCUGUCUCCCUUGCUGACCCCUCUGGGGGUCCGAUCAUUGCGACCUCUUCCACUGUCCUUCCCUGCCCUGCGGACGGGGGUGUUCACCAGUUCACCCCUGCCUACGAGCGCGUGACACACUGCACGUGUGCUCGUACGGGCCGUCACUUGGCUACCUUCACUCGGCAGCCACGGUCGGACCUGUACACACUGACUACUGAGUUCGCUCAGGUUGCUGCGACUGCGUCCGCGUCCGCGUCAGGUCAGCUGUCCGCCCCCUGCUCGUGUCGCUCUUUGGCACACGAGACUGUCCUCUGGCACCACCGCCUUGGCCACCCGUCUGUGCAGCGGCUUCGUGCCAUGCACUCCCGGUACCUUGUCUCUGGCCUGCCCAGGGUCCUUCCUGCCCUCCCACCCUCGCCUGCUCCUACCUGUCUCCCCUGUGUCGAGGGACGGCAGCGCGCCGCUCCUCACUCCUCCUCGUUACCCCCGACGACUGCUUCCUUGCAGACACUCCACAUGGACGUGUGGGGCCCAGCCCGCGUCCGUGGUCAGGGUCAGGAGAGGUACUUCCUGAUAGUUGUUGACGACUACUCGCGCUACACCUCGGUCUUCCCCUUGCGCACCAAGGGUGAGGUCCUUGAUGUCUUGAUCCCUUGGAUCCGCAGAGCCCGUCUCCAGCUCAGCGAGCGUUUUCACUCGGACUUUCCUGUCCUGCGCUUGCACUCUGACAGAGGUGGUGAGUUCUCCUCCGACCUCUUGGCAGCCUACUGUGCUGAGCACGGCAUUGAGCAGUUGUUCACGCUUCCGGCUUCUCCACAGCAGAAUGGGGUUGCGGAGCGCCGCAUUGGCCUGGUCAUGGAGGUCGCCCGUACCUCCUUGAUCCAUGCGGCUGCCCCCCACUUUCUGUGGCCGUUUGCGGUCCGGUACGUUGCGCAUCAGCUCAACCUCUGGCCCCGUGUCUCCUUGCCGGAGACCUCGCCCACGCUGCUGUGGACGGGGGAGGUUGGCGAUGCGUCGCGUUUCUGGGUCUGGGGGUCUCGAGCUUUUGUCCGCGAUACGUCUGCGGACAAGCUCUCCUCCCGUGCUGUUCCCUGCGUCUUCCUCGGCUUUGUCCCAGACGCGUCUGGUUGGCAGUUUUACCACGCCACCUCGCGCCGAGUCUUGCCCUCCCAGGACGUCACUUUUGACGAGUCCGUCCCCUACUACCGCCUCUUCCCCUACCGCACUGCCCCGCUCCCCCCCCCGCCUCUCUUCCUCGCGCCAGGUGCUGCUGUUGCAGACCCCCUCCCCCCUCAGGGUGCCGCUCUCUCAGGUGUGUCUCAGGUAGACCCGGUUGAGCCUGUUGAGGUAGCUGUCGACUCUCGUCCUGCUGGGGGUGCUGAGCCUGGGGGUGCUGAGCCUGGGGGUGUGGAGCCUGGGGGUGUGGAGCCUGGGGGUGUGGAGCCUGGGGGUGUGGAGCCUGGGGGUGUGGAGCUUGAGGGUGCUGAGCUUGGGGGUGUGGAGCCUCGUGGUGCUGAGCUGCGGAGUCCGAAGUGUGGGGGUUCUGAGUCUGGAGGUACUAGGCCUGGGAGUCCUGCACCUGGAGGAGCCCUCUCCUCGGAGCAGCUGCGUGCGUGGUACUUAGAGUACUGCAGCCUCCGGAGAGGUACCGCUCGAGCCGGAUGUACUACUGGGACUGGUGCUAGUGCUUCUUCUCCCGUUCGGGAGCUCCCCUCCCGCGAGUGGAUCCGUGAGUGGUACGAGCGGCGCUGCACUCUUCGGAGUGGCGUGCCUCGUGUUACAGACCCCGCUGCUGUUGGAGCUGCUGCUGGUGCUGAGGACCCGGGCGUUGGAGCUGCUGCUAGUGCUGAGGACCCGGGCGUUGGAGCUGCUGCUGGUGCUGAGGACCCGGGCGUUGGAGCCGCUGCUGGUGCUGAGGACCCGGGCGUUGGAGCUGCUGCUGGUGCUGAGGACCCAGGCGUUGGAGCUACCGCUGGUGCUGCGGACCCGGGCGUUGGAGCUGCUACUUGUGCUGAGGACCCAGGCAUUGGAGCUCCCGCUGGUGCUGAGGACGUGGGCGCUGGAGCUGCUGCUGGUGCUGCGGACCCUGGUGCGGGUGUCUCUGCUGGCUCUGGUGUCGCUGCUCGGUAG